AGGCUUCCUCCGCCUGCGUCACUUGGUACCCCACUGGGGACGGUGAAGAGGGGGAGAGGGCUUCAUAAAAGGAGAUGCUCCAAGCCUCCUUUGGCAACCAGACCGAAGAAGAAACCGACGACGACGCUCUGCCUCUCGGCUUUCUCCCAAACAGGCUAGACUUGGCUCCACCAUGCAGAUGAUGGGACGGCUCCUUGCGGUUCUCCUCCUGGUUUGGACGGUCAGGGCAUCCGCUUUGCCUGGCGAAGACAAGCUCUCGGCACAGAGCAGCCGGGAGCAGACCAAAGCCCGCAAAGUCCUGAUCCUGAAAAUGCUGGCCGACCUCUUGGAUGGGGCAGAAGUGGGUCGGGAGCCAGCUCCUUCCGAAUCGGAAGACCCACUGGAGAGCAAACUGGAGGACGAGGCUUCGGUGCUGGGGAGGCUCUCCCAGCUCACCCAGCGAGACCGCAAAGCCCCGUGCAAGAACUUCUUCUGGAAAACCUUCACCGCUUGCUAACGCCCCUCUCGCCCUUUGCACCUCCUUCCCCAAUCUUCCCGCCGUGUCAUGUCUCGAACACAAACAUCCAUCCAAAUGUCUGGUCUCCAGAAAGAGGCAGGAUUGUUCUUUGUUCUUUGUUUUCGGAAAAUGGCUCAGGUCUGCAAAGGACCUGGAAAAGUUUGAUCCAAAUGUGAAUGACUCUGUCCCAGUUUUCCCAGCUUGAAUGCAACCAGCGGCCCCAUCCCAUUUGUGGUUUUGUUUCGCCUCUGCUUUUCGGUUUGUUUGUUAGUUUUCCAACAAUGCAAACUGUCUCGUUACGGUGAUUCCAUGAACAAAUAAAGCAAGGCCUCGGCGGGCCUCUUCUCCCGGC